AUGACCGCCGCCGCCGUCUCCCACAACACCACGCCGGACUCCCUGGGCUCCAUCUCGUCACUGUCGUCAAACAACUCCACCUCCUACCCUUUCCCGUACACAGCUACACCAACACAACAGCCCAAAAGCGAGACGCCAACACCACGAGGUGCUCCUAACGGCUUUCCCGGUCCGACAAACCAACAUGGUAACCCACUUUUCCCAGCACCAAAUAUUUACGAUCUUACACUACGACUCAACUCGGCCAUCGGUAUCGAGUUGUUUUGGAAGAGUGUUGUGGAUAUACUGGUGGAAAAUUACUGUGCGGAGCGUGUGACGCUGGCCAUCCCUAACGAUCUGACAGACGUAGAAAACGUACCCUGGGGUCUCAAGGCGACUUACGAUGGAGCAACAGACUUUGCUGCACCAACAUCAGGGGGCGGUGCGACGUCGACGUCACCUCCACAAGGUGUACCAUCAGAAGCAAAUAUUAUGGAUCCCUCGGUGCCAUUUGAGAAUGAACCGGAUGAUGACACUACGCCGACAACAGGAAUGCCUGACCAGUCACGACCGCCUCUUCCAAACAGAUCGCGUGGACCGUCCGUCAAUUUACCAACUGGUAUGCGUGGAAAAGUACAUCGUGCACUGCUUCCUCUGGAAGACGGCGACGAGCCUCUGAUCGACAACAUUGGUGUCGCACGCGUCAUCGAGCGUGGACGGCCGGUUGUGCUAUCACGAGAGUACAGAGAUAUUAAUACCUUCCUCGAGCGAGGUCAAGGACAGACGACUUCUCCAGCGCAUAUCGAGCUCAAGCAGGACCAGUUGAAGCAGAGACAAGAACGCAUCGCAAGCAAAGCGGCAGAAAAGGAUGCUAACAAAGGUACUCCUCAAAAGCCGCUGCGAAACCCCAUGGAGGAGUAUUUCAGCGAAAAGCCGACCUCAGCACGAAAGAAUGUCAUGGCUUCGCUAAGUAGCCACCUUCACCAGCCGUUCCCUCCGCAGAGAAGUGCGAGCUAUGAAGAGUAUGAGCAGGCUAUGCUCUCGCCUUGGUCUUCGUCACCUGCGCCAUCACCUGCAGUGCACACUGACAGCAAUCGCAACCCCUUCUUCGAAAGCCCCAUGGUCGAGGAAGAAGCUUUCUGUCCGUCAGAGUUGAGUCCGGUGUACACUCCCUACGAGCAGGUCUACACCAUCGGCAUGGAAAGUGCGCAUUCAGUUAUUCACGUCCCCCUCAUCCACCCAACCUCCGCCAAACCCGUCAGUGGCGCAAGCGGUACCGUCCCGAUCGGUAUCCUCAGUUUCCUGUCAAAAGUCAUCCCUUACCCUCAGAACCUCGUCGACUCACUCGACAGCUUUGCGCCUUUGAUUGCAACGAGUUUGAGUCAGGCUUUGAGCCACUCGAAUAUCUUGCACCAGCUUGCUUAUGCUCCUCGUCAGCCAUCUCAGUCGACGAGUGGUAGUUCGCCGGCGGCAUCACGGGCAAGGAGCUAUAGUCGAACGGAUUCGUUGGAUAGCUCGCCUGCAUUGGCCAGCAGCCCGUCGUUCUCGAGUUCGAGCUCGGUUGGUGAGCGUGCGUCGUGGGAGGGAAUGGCUGGUAUUGCAGCGGGCAUGCUCAGUCCCAAUGUCGCCAUGUUGGGAACGCCGCUGAGUGCCGGUGAGGUCUCUGGUGACUCGUACUUCUCUAGAGUUCGGAGACCAGUCGCUGUACGAGCACCUGCUAGUUCGAGUUCAGUCCUAUCUUCAGCUGCGUCCAACGCUGGUGAUCUGAAUGUUCCCGUGGCAAGCGGAAGCAGCAGAGGCAGUGCGAGCAGCGAUGAUCUUCCUACUCCGAAGCUCUCUGACAAGAAAAUGGAGGAUGUCAAAGAGGAUGGGAAUGGACAGGAAGAGCAGGAAACGUCACCGGGAAGGAGGGUGGCGAGUGCUACAUCGAGGAGGAGAAAGGCAAGGAGACCAGCGUCGUUGUUGCAUUCACAUGGUGCAAGCACUUCGGCAACUUUGUCGGGCGGCUUUGGAAGUGGCAGCGUUCCUGCAGAGAGACCGGUUCACAACGGAGGAAGGCGCUCGAUGUCUACCGGUUCUUCAUCUUCUGGUCGCGGCGAGAUGCCCGUGCCGAGCGCACGUCUGCUCAAGGUCAUCGUGGAUUCUAUCCCCGUGCAUGUCUUUACUGCCAGUCCACAAACUGGCAAAAUUACCUGGAUAAAUGCGCGGUCUCUUGCAUACCGUGGACAAACCGCAGGAGAGGUAAUGAAAGACUUCUGGGGCGCAUUGCACCCCGAUGAUCGGGAUUCGUAUGUCAGUGGAUGGAAGGAGGCGAUUGCGAAGGGAGUCGGUCAUGCUAGGCAGGUACGAAUGAGGCGAUUCGAUGGUGUCUACCGAUGGUUCAUGACCCGUGCUGUUCCCCUCCGUGACUCGCGAGGUGCGGUUGUUCACUGGUUUGGCACGUCUAUGGACAUCCACGAGCAAAAGCUGGCCGAGCAGGAUGCAGCACGACAAGCGGAGACUGCGGCGAGUGAAGGAAAGUACCGCAGUUUGGCUGAAGCUAGUCCUCAGAUCGUAUUCGCUGCUACUCCAUCUCAGGGUAUCACUUAUGCGAACACGCAGUGGUUCAGGUAUACCGGAGGUUCUUUCGAGGCUACGGUUCGAUUGGGAUUCAUCUCAUUCGUGCAUCCAGACGAUCGCCUCAAAUGUGCCUUGCCGGCUGGAGUGUGUCCUACGAAAGAUGCGCCUUUCUCUAGUGAGUUACGCUUGAGAAAGCACGACGGCGAAUACAGGUGGCACCUCAUCAAGUGCGUCUGCGUCGAGGGUUCCUCGGGCAAUGGCGAAGACGACUUGUGGUUCGGGACAUGUACCGACAUCAACGAUCACAAGUUGCUUGAACAGAAACUUAAGGAGACCAACGAGGCUGCGCAGAGGGCGAUGGAGAGUAAGACGCGUUUCUUGUCGAACAUGUCUCAUGAGAUCCGUACCCCACUGAUCGGAAUCACUGGUAUGGUGGGUUUCUUGAUGGACUCUCAAUUAACGCUCGAGCAGUUGGAUUACGCCCAUACUAUCCAACAGUCGGCCGAUGCCCUCUUGAGUGUCAUCAAUGACAUUCUUGAUCUCAGCAAGGUUGAAGCUGGAAUGAUGAAGCUUACAUCGGAAUCAUUCAAUGUUCGAAGCAUGGUUGAGGACGCCAACGAGUUGCUCAGUACUAUGGCUACUGCAAAGGGGCUUGAGCUCAAUUACGUCGUCGAGGAGAACGUACCUGCUAUCAUUUCGGGCGAUAGGAUCAGAUUGCGCCAGGUUGUCCUUAACGUCAUCGGUAACGCGAUUAAGUUUACCUCCUCUGGUGAGGUCUUCUCCCGUGUGUCGGUCGCAAAGGACGCCGACGUCGGUGCGGACGAGAUUCUGUUGAAUUUCGAGGUUCACGAUACUGGACCCGGUUUUGACAAGAAGGACGAGCAGUAUAUGUUCAAACCCUUCAGUCAGAUUGACACGUCCAGCACUCGCAAGCACGGAGGUACUGGACUGGGUUUGGUUAUUUCACGUCAACUUAUUGAGCUUCAUGGCGGUAAGAUGACAUGUUCGUCGGUCAAGGGCGUUGGUUCUACGUUCUUCUUCAGUGCCAAAUUCAAGCUCGCUGAGACUGUUGCUACUGCCGCAAAGAAUUCUGCCGAGCCUGACGCUUGGGAGCUUUGUAAUACCGAUCCACCCGCUACUCGUCCUAUGGCUUCCCCGGGCAAGGGCAAUACGUCUGAUAACACGGUGCCUUCCCUUUCUCAGGGAUCGUCUGCUUCGUCUGGUUGGUCGUCUGUUUCUUCGAACCCAGUGUCGGCAGCAAUGAAGGACCAGAACAGCGUGCUUGCGGAUGCAUUUGCUUACGUGGCUGAGACGACCGGUCAGAACAAGGCUGCAAGGACGUUGAGACCGUCUAAUGUACCGAGCACUCCUUCAUCUUCGGGCGAGUCGACUGCUACGGUCACAGACAAACCAUCAGGCCCGCCCAAGAGCUCACCUCCUACGCCUCCCAUGUACAACAUCCUCGUUAUCGCGGAGCAGCCUUACGGUCGCAUGGCUAUCCAACAUCACAUUCGGAUGACUUUGCCAAAGACCAUUCCCGCAGCCAUCGCGACCUCGAACAGCUUCCGUUCUGCUUAUGAUAUCGUCACCAAGAAGUCACCCACGAUCUUCAGUCACAUCGUGAUCUCUCUUCCAGAGCAGUCGGAGGUCAACAAGCUGUUGCAGGCUCUCUCGAAGGCGGCUGCUUAUGCGAAUACUAUGUGUAUCGUGCUUACCACACCCAUUCAACGGUCUUCGAUCUUGGAUGGAUGCGGAGAUGCUGCCAAGAUCUUGGGUGACCGGUUGCAGUUCAUCUUCAAGCCGGUCAAGCCAUCCAAGUUUAGUGUCAUCUUUGAUCCGCAGAGCGAGCGUAACGAGAGUACCGACAUGAAGAGGCAGAGUGCGCAGCAGGUGGUAGCGCAUCAGAAAGAGGUCUUCAAGUCUAUGGAAGAUGAGGUUGGAGGAAAGGGUCACAAGGUGUUGCUCGUUGAGGACAACCCUGUGAACCAGAAGGUCAUGCAGCGGUUCCUUCUGAAGGUCGGGUUGGAAGUGGAGAUCGCUUCCGAUGGUGUGGAAUGUGUUCAGACGUACUUGAACAAGCCUCACGGCUACUAUUCCCUCAUUUUGUGCGAUUUGCAUAUGCCUCGCAAAGAUGGGUUCGAAGCAACUCGCGAGAUUCGUGACUGGGAACAGACCAAUUUGCCUCCGGGCGUAGCACAAGUACCUAUUGUUGCUCUUUCAGCUAACGUCAUGUCCGACGUGGCCGAAAGGUGCACUGCAUCUGGGUUUACAUCCUACGUUUCGAAACCCGUGGACUUCUCUACUUUGAAGGACACGAUUGUACAGUUGUUGAACAUCAAGUCGCCUGGAAAGGUUUGA